AUGAAGCUGCUGGCUGCCCUCGCUUCGGCGUUGGCAUGGGGCGUGAGCCUUGUCGAAGCCAAGGCCGUGUUUGCUCACUAUAUGGUGGGCAACACCAAGUCCCUUGGCUUGAUCGACUGGAGACAUGAGAUGCAGGCCGCCCAAGCUGCAGGCAUAGAUGCCUUUGUGCUGAACAUGGCCAACAAGGACCCCACCAACGACAUUGCCCUGCCCAUGGCCUUCACCGCGGCCGAUGACAUUGGCUUUCAGCUCCUCUUUUCAUUCGACUACGCCGGCAAUGGCCCCUGGGACAAGUCUGUCGUCAUCGACAUGAUCAAGGGAUACGGCGCCAAAGACACCUACUUCAAGACGGCCGGGAAGCCAUUCGUCUCAACCUUCGAGGGUCCCAAUAAUGCCGACGACUGGAAGGAUAUCAAGAAGGAGACCAACUGUUUCUUCAUGCCCGACUGGUCAUCUGUCGGUGCCCAGCCAGCCGUCCACCUGGGCGACGGCAUUGCCGACGGUCUCUUCAGCUGGGACGCCUGGCCGAAGGGGCCGGCCAACAUGACAACCUAUCCCGACGCCUCGUACUACGACUUUUUGGGUUCGAAGCCGUACAUGAUGCCUAUCUCCCCGUGGUUCUACACCAACCUGCCCGGCUACGAGAAGAAUUGGCUAUGGCGCGGCGACGACAUGUGGUUCCAGCGCUGGCAGCAGGCCAUCUCCCUCGACCGCCAGCCCGACUUCAUCGAGAUCAUUUCGUGGAAUGACUACGGCGAGUCGCACUAUAUCGGCCCCCUGGACGACCGCCAGUACGAGGCUUUCGACAUUGGCCGUGCUCCUUUCAACUACGUCAAGGACAUGCCCCACGACGGCUGGCGCGAGACGCUCCCGUACUACAUCUCCAUGUACAAGUCCGGAACCGCCACCGUCACGGAAGAGCGCCUCGUGGCAUGGUACCGAGUCAACAAGAACGGGGCCUGUUCCGACGGCGGCACCACCGGCAACACGGCGAACCAGCUGCAGUUCGAGUACUCGCCCAACGCCAUGAUGGAGGACAGGGUCUUUUACGACGUGCUCCUCACAAGCAACGCCCAGGUCCAAGUCAGCAUCGGCGGCGUGGUUCAGGCCGGCGGAUGGGACCAGGAACCCCACGGGGGCGUUGGUGUUUACCACGGCAGCGUCCCGAUCGGGACGGCAAGCGGUCAAGUCGUGGUGACGGUGAAGAGAGGGGGCGCGACCAUUGCCACCAUCACGGGGGCGUCCAUCACCAGCAGCUGCAAUGGAGGCCUCAACAAUUACAACCCUUGGGUGGGGAGUGCCAGGGGUCCCCCUAUCACCCCGGUCACGACCACUGGCGACCUUUCCAAGUUGGAUUGCGUCAAGGGCUUCGGUGUGCUUGAAUUCAUCGGCGUCUGCGACUUCGCCUGUGCGAAUGGCUACGCCGCCUGUACUUGCCUCAAGAAGGGCGUCGCCAAUGCCCCUAACGACACGGGACUGGCGGGCUAUCCGCUCCCCGGGAAGAGCGGCUCCUUCGCGGGGCUCUGCAGUUUCGACUGCAACCACGGGUACUGCCCGGACUCGGUUUGCGGUCAGACUCCCAACGACGGCGUCGUCCUGGGCUACUCGCCUUUCCUGCCGCCCGCAUGCACGGGGGGCACCGGCGCCGGCGCCUUCCAGGGCCUCUGCGACUUUGGAUGCCAUCUUGGCUUCUGCCCCAUCCACGCUUGCACCUGUACCUCGACCGGCAUCUUGGUUCAGACACCGCCCAAGACGAACGUGACGGGAUAUUACCUCGACUCGUCCACGGACGACUACGGCCUCUGCAAGUUUGCCUGCGAACACGGCUACUGCCCCGAUAUCUGUGGCAGCCGACCCAUUGGCGACGACGGGAAUCAGGACAAGUAUCCCACCGUCACCCUGGAUCCCGCCGUCUGGACCGCGCCGACGGCCCAGUGUGCGCCCCCCUGUGUCCUUGUCCUCCCACCCUCUUCCCUCGCCAGUCCGACCACCAUCUCCUUCGACCCCUGGCAAACAUCUCUCGAGUUCGGGUGGAUGACAACGGAUACGGUCGACGGCACCGUGACGACCCACUACACUGCUGUCACCGUCUCCACUGAGAUUUCCAUCCCGCCGGUGACCACGGACCUCAUCAGCUUCUCGGAGGUGAUCCUAACCACGACAGUCGACGGUGGCGUCCCGUCCAUCAUCAUCCCGACGGCGAGUGUCAGCCCGCCCCCCUUUGUCAUCACGCCGACUCCCGUCGCCGGCAUCACAGCGGCGCCCGUAGCCCGGACCAUCCGUCCGCCUCCGUGGCCAUGGAGUGGCCCUAGUGCGAUGCCAGAUCCAAGCGGAACUUCCACGACGACCUCUACUAGCGACCCUGUCGUCGUUCCUAUUGUUACCGGGCCGUUCCCCGCCACCGUUUUCCCCACGGAAACAGCAAGUUGGGUCAGGGACUGGCUCCCAGAGCCCACUGCGAUCCAGGUGGAUGGUGGUGAUCCUGUUCCUGUCAUUCCCUGCUGGGUCUGGUUCAUAUGGUCGUGCCCCCCCAAUGUUGGUGGCAUCGUCUUGCCCGGCUUCAAAAAUCCGGGCAUCUACCCCGAGUAUGUCACUCCCCCCGGCACAAGCCGAUACCUUCCUUCUUUCGGCUGCCGCCGUGCUAAACUUUUCAUAUAG